ACAAAACAUAAGCUCGAAAUUAAAAGUGGUCUUAGUUGAUUUUUUAAGAAACUGGUAUAUCUAUAGAUAAGAUGAGCCAGAGUCACCUUCAAACGGAUCAGCUGCUCUUCGAAGAGAAACCACUUCAUGUGCCGACCCUCUCAGAACUGCAAAAAGUUAUACUGGGUGCUCUGAGUGAGAACUUUCGAACCGUUGAUGUUAGUGUGGGACCUUGUCCCGAUCUAAAGGACCCCCAAUUUGGCCUGGUGGAGAGUGGUCUGGGUGGUAAAGCCACUCUACUGGAAGCAGGUGGACCACCCUAUUUGCGACCCCUAGUCCAACGCGACAAGCUGUAUAACUUAAAGGAGAUUACUCGCAGGGCUCAAGGUACUGGAAAGAUUUUUGCUGUGGGUCCAGGAGCAGGUCCUUGGCCCAUUCGUCAUUCCAAUUGCGAGGGCAUCUUUAAUUUUUCCCUCAAUGAAGACGAUGAAUUUACCCAGGGAAGCUACACAGCCACUGUGAGGGGAGAAAAUGAGGAUUGUGUUCUGGAGAAGAUUCCCCAGACCGAACCCCGUUGCGCCCUGAUCCUAAAUCUCUUCCUCAGCGAGGGAAAACCAGGUGAAGUUCUCAAAAUAUCCGCAAAACAGCGAACUGGUGAGGAGAACUUUGUGGAAUGUAUGCGAAAAGGUCUGGAGAAGCACUACGGCGAUAAGGCGGUGGGUCUGGGAGGGAUCUUUGUGGUCAGGAAGGGGUGUGUCCACCAGCACGUGAUGCGGGACUUCAGCAAGACCCCUAUUCACACCCAGGAACAGAUCCAAAACUGGCUCAAGUUCUACGAAAUGCCCGCCCAGCUGAAUGCGGUGGGCACUUUGGUGACCAAGGACAUGGGUCUGGACUUAAGGCUGCAGCACUUUCACUCGUUUUCCUUCGAAAACUGGGGUGGUCACUACCAUUACGAUACCACCCCUGAUCAAGUGGAAUACGAGGCCUAUCUGAAUGUGGCUGAAAGAGUAGUCCGUGUGGAUAGACCAAUAGUAACCGAUCAAUUAGGAAGAGACUGAUAUAUCCAUCAUUC